CAUCCACGUUUCCGAUCUUUCCUCGCUGAAAAAGAUACCCACUCGCGCUGCACCGACAGCGAAGCAACCCAAUCCCCUCCUCCCCAUUUCCCACUCGCCUAAGCCUCGCUCCGCCUUGGACCCUCUUCCUCCGCCGUCUUCCCGCCGUCCGUUAUUAUGUCAUUUCGGAAACGGCAGCGCGUUGGGAGCAGCAGCCGCCUCUCCUCCUCCGACGGAAACCUAAAGGAAGAGUCCUCCCCCUCCCCAGCGCCGCCCCUCCUCCACCCCGCCUCCGUCCCCGGCGGCUUCAACGACCCCACCACCGCCGACGUCCUCCUUUGCCUCCAGCUCGACGACCCCGAUUCCGUCCAGUCGCUCGACCUCCACCUCCACUCCGCCGCCCUCAGCCGCUCCCGCUACUUCGCUGCCCUCCUUUCCGAUCGAUGGCACCUCCCCGACCCCGACGGAGACGGGAUCCAGCAGCUUUUCCUCAAGAUCUUCCCCGCCGGCGACCUCCGCUGCCGCCCAUUCGACGCCUACGUCGCCGUCCUCCGCCUCCUUCACACCCUCGACUUCGCCGGCGCGAUCCGCUCGGUGGCCGGCGCCCUGGAGAUGCUUCCGGUGGCGCUGGAGCUCCUCUUCGAUGACUGUGUCCAGGCCUGUGUCCGAUUCCUAGAGGCCGUGCCGUGGACCGAGGAGGAGGAGGAGGGGGUCCUCAGCGUGAUCCCCUUCCUCCGCGAAGAAGAAUCCCGAGAUCUCCUUGCUAGGGUUUCGCCGAAGGCGGCCGCCGGAGACGGGAAUAGCACGUCGGAGGAGAUGCUCUGCGGCUUGAUCAAUUCGGCGAUCCAUGGCCAUCCGAACGUGGCCACCGUGAAGGCCUUCGUAGCGAAGCUACUGAGAGAUUACUCCUCUCGGGAUUCGGUGAGGAGAGUGCUGGACAAAGCCUUCGUGUGGAGCUUGGAGACGGUGAAGGAAUUGCUAGGGAAGUAUGCGAGCCCGGAUUUCAGGAUGGCAGGGGAUAACGAUGAGAGGGAGGCGAUUCAGAGGCUUAAUCUGCAUGCGACCAUGGUGAAUGUGAAGCACCUGCAUUGGCUGGUGGAGAGGAUGAUCGAGCUGAGGGUGGCUGACACAGCGGUGAAAGAGUGGAGUGAGCAGGCUGCGCUUGCUGCUGACUUGCAGAAGACUUUCAGGGAUGAUGCAUGGAAGAACAUAGCACCAGGACUGCCAACGCUCGUUGCGAGGUGCACUUGCCGGCUUGCUAAUUCAGUUGCUUCUGGGUCUACUCUGGCUCCACGGCAGGUGAGGAUGAGGUUUGUGAAAGACUGGCUUCCAGUGUUGAAUGUCUGCAGAGAUGUAGCUUCGCCAAUGCCAACUGGUCAUAAACCAGUUUUCCAGGAACUGGAAGAAACAUUUCUAAGGAUUAUAUCAACCCUUCCCAUGUCAGAUGCUCAAGAAUUGCUGCAGCAGUGCCUCAGUUUCUCCACUCGCAAUGUUGAUGAUUGCCCGCACCUGACCUCAGCAUUCCAAACCUGGUUCAGGCGUGCAAACAGGCCGCUACAUAAUCACAUUGCUAGUUGAACUGAAACUUGACCGUGAAUACAUAGCUCUUAAAAACAUCGGUUCAAGUUGAUAUGCCUGUCAGGGUGGGCUGACAUUUUGGUUAACUGCAUAAGCGGAAAGCGUGUGUAUAUCGUAUCAUCCAAAUUGCUCCCUUUAUGUUGAUCAAUGUGCAUAUUGAUCGGUCACCUGUCAAAUAUUUGUACAUGGCCCUCAUUUGUGAGACUCGAACUGUUAUAGAUAGUUCUGUUUGUUUGUGAGUACUUGUACAGAACUAUGCUAGGGUAAUGCAUAUUGGAAUAAUGGAACUGUACAGUGGGGCAAUUCAGUGAACUACGCAAGACUAGAUAUGCAUGCUUCAAUGACAUUGAUAUCUAUGUAUUCUGCUCAUAAGCUUUUGUUCUCAA